UGGCAAGAUCAUAUAGGAUGAAAAUAAAUGAGUGAUUUAUGCACCAGCUUUAUAGACGAGAAGAGCUCUGACAGAGCGGACGCAAUUCUCCUGCUUCUUCAUAUUCUCCUGUUAUUACACUUAUAGAUGUACUUCAUAAAAUAAGAAAGCUUGACGCACUACAGAACUUCUACAGAUUCUUUCUGUCAGUGUGAAGAAACAUCUUGAAGAAUGAGAAGCCUGAUGUGUUUGCUGUUUCUGGUGAUCUUCUGCUCUGUGCAGAUGACUUCAAGCUCAACCUCUUCAAUUGAUUUGGAAAACACAAAGUGUUGUGGAGAGUUCAGUAAAGUGAAGAUUCCUGUGAAUAAGGUGGUGUCUUACUCCAAGACCAGCAGCAUUUGUGGCAGACGCGCUAUUGUGUUUCAGACAAUUGCAGGGAAAGAGUUCUGUGUUGAUCCAGAGACCCCCUGGGUGAAGAGUCAUAUUGAUAAAGUGGACAAAAGAACAACAGUCUAAAAGAAGCAACACUCUUUCUAUUUAAACUGUUAAUUUCAUAUGUAAACCUUGUGUUAUUUCCAAAUUGUAUAUAAAAAAAUAUAUUGACAGAAUAAUUUAUGUGAUUGGGCUCAGUUUUUUAAUAAAAUAUAAAUUAUGAUCAUAAUGUGGCAACGUUUUUAUUCUCUAUUGCAUACAGAUAUAAUAAAUUGUAUUAAAAAUCACAAAGAAACAAAGCAUUUGUUUUAUAUAUCUCAGUCACACUAUAUGAAUUCUAUUAAAAAAAGGUGAAAUAUUGUUUUCAUCUGAAAAU